UGGCGGGGCGGAGCGAGCGCAGGCGCGGAGGUUGCCACAGACGGUUGCCGCUGCGCGCGGCCGGCAGUGGGCCCUGCGCCACGGUGGCCGGUAGAGGGCUCCCCGUACCCCCGCUAGGAAUGGAGGAACCGGGAUGUCCCUGAAUCAUUGAGGAGCUCUUACAGUGCCCCGCUGUAGCACCCUUUUCCUCUAAAGGUUACUGAAGGAGCUCCCGCUGCGGACAGCCUAAUUUCUGUGCCUUUACAUUAUAUCGUUUGUUGCGUUGCUUCCAAAGAAACAAGAGGGUAAUCUCUACAAUAUUACUCGAUGGAAUUGUCCAAGAAAACGACUCGCGCGCCAUGGUUGGUCAGAUGCCAAGCUGCUGGUCGAGCUUGCUCUGAGCAGCUGCUCUUAUACUGUACAUGGUGUGGCGGCCGUAGAGACAGAGAGAGCCCGCGCGCGAGGAAGAAGAAGAGGUCGUCGGUGGACUCCGGCAGCCUCACCCAAAUCUCAUCGACCCGGCAACCGGGAGGGACGAGUGAGUGAACGACUCUCCCAGCUGCCUCUCGUCAUCGGCGUUUGCCAGGUCGCGCUGCCACGCGGGCCCCGCCCCCGCCGCUUGGCUUAGCUGGUCGGCCGUGGACACGGUCGGGCGCGCGCGCGAAUAAUAUAGCAGGCAGCUGGCAGCGGCAGCGCCCGAGCUCGAUCAGACCGCGUCUCGUCUGCCGGAGCAUGGCCGGGCGCGACCGCCGCGGGGCCCUGUCGCCCUCGUCGUCCGGGCGGCUCACGCCGGAGCAGGGGCGGCGCUGGGCGUGGAGCCCCGCAUGGUCGCGCCCGCUCUCCGACCGCGGCACCACCAGCAGGGGCAGCAGCUCGUCGUCGUCCUCAUCUUCAUCUUUGAGGUCCCUGUUCCGCUCCAUCGGGGUCUGGUUCACCUCGCUCUCCUCCUCCUCCACCACCACCACGUCGUCGGCCUCCAGGAGGCGGCGGAUCAAGGAGGCCGCGCCGGCGGCGGUUGACGUGAUCAAGAAGCCGCCGUUGCCGGCGCAGACCGGGGGGAAGCCGUCCGCCCGCGGGCUCUACGCCGGCAGCGGCCGGCAGCAGCUGCGCCCGUCGUUCCAGAGCUCCGUCUUCUCCAUGGAGGAGAUCCUCCGGGCCACCAACAACUUCUCGCCGGCGCUCAAGAUCGGCCAGGGCGGCUUCGGGGCCGUCUACAAGGGCGUCCUCCCCGACGGCACCGUCGUCGCCGUCAAGCGCGCCAAGAUGCGGAUGCAGAACCCUCACGUGGACGUGGAGUUCCGCAGCGAGGUCAAGAUCAUGGCGCGCAUCGAGCACCAGAGCCUGGUGCGCUUCUACGGCUACCUGGAGUGCGGCGAGGAGCGCAUCGUCGUCGUCGAGUACGUCCCCAACGGCACCCUGCGGGAGCACCUCGACAGGUGCCACGGGCGGUUCCUCGACUUGGGGACGCGCCUCGACAUCGCCAUCGACGUCGCCCACGCCGUCACCUACCUGCACAUGUACUCCGACCACCCCGUCAUCCACCGCGACAUCAAGUCCUCCAACAUCCUCCUCACCCACUCGCUCCGCGCCAAGGUCGCCGACUUCGGCUUCGCCCGCCUCGGCUCCGGCGCCGGCGCCGGCGAGGCCACGCACGUCACCACGCAGGUCAAGGGCACGGCGGGGUACCUGGACCCGGAGUACCUCAAGACCUGCCAGCUCACCGACCGCAGCGACGUCUACUCCUUCGGCGUGCUCCUCGUCGAGCUCGCCUCCGCGCGCCGCCCCAUCGAGACCAAGCGCGACAUCAAGGAGCGCCUCACCGCGCGCUGGGCCAUGGCCAGGUUCAUCGGUGGCACCGCCGCCGACGUGCUCGACCCGCACCUCGCGCGCACGCCCGCCGCGGAGCGCGCGCUGGAGAUGCUGCUGGAGCUCGCCUUCCGGUGCACGGGGCCCGUCAGGCAGGACAGGCCCGCCAUGAGAGACUGCUGCAGGGCGCUCUGGGCCAUCAGGAAGACAUACAGGGACAUGCUCGCCGCCGCCGACGUCACCCCCAGCACUCCGACCGACUCACCGGCGCCGGCGACCUCUGGAGGACCUGAUGCCUGCACUGCAUCAUCCAACGCAACAAACACUAUUAUUGCUACUACUAACUGAUUGGUUUGACUGACAAUAACUCUGCUCUGCUGUAAAUAUAGACCAACCAGCCAAACAAUUCUUGUUGCAUUUGUUCUUAUCAAUUACAUUUUACUAGCUAGCCUAGUUGUUCCUGGUCAAUAUAUCGUGCACCUAGCUAGCUAAUGUCACUUCUCAAGUGCCUUUCAUACGGCUUUACAUCUCGAGAAUUCAGAUCAAUUGUGUGAAUC